UACGACCAAUGAGUGGCGGAGAAUGUAACACACGGUAAAAAGUGGGAUUACGGAUUACUUCUCACUUUCUCAGUUCCCGAGGAUAUGCGUAUCACGAUUCACAUUAGCCGACAUACGUUUUAUUUAAAUAUGUCUGAAAAAAUUUGUCAUGAUAUAGAAGCUUACUGCUCGUGCAUUAUCUAAGUUUUUUUGUACUAGAGUAAUUUGACCUUAAGUAAUUUUAAUAUUCUAAUUUAUGAAUUUGACUUACCUAUUAAGACUUAUUAGACCUAUUAAAGAUACGUUAAAUCCAUUACGAUGGCUGAACAUAUGUCAAUUUCACUUGUAAAUGCUGGCCUAGAAGUAUUGACGAGACUUGUUGGUGACUUGAAUUUUGAGUUAUCAGAGGUACCAAGUGCUUUGAUAGCUGGGUCUAUUGUCGGUGCAUGUAGUUUAUUUGGAGGUUUAGUUGCCGGAAGGUUAGGAAUUGUAGUUGGAGGAAGUAUUGGAUACCAGAUUAACAAUAUGUUGCUGCCCAGAAUUAGAAAUGUAGGAAAUAUGUUACGAGAGUUAAGUACAGAUCAUCUUCUGGACCUGUUUAAUUUACUGAUUAGAACAAUUCAAAAUACAGUUUCUGUUGUACUGAAUCAAACAGAAAAUCAAAGUCUACAACUAGCAGAUCUUUUAGGAAGGUUUGGUAGUAAUUCUGAUGUUCAGAUGAAUAUUAUUAAUACUCUUAUCAAUUACUUCAAUGAUGUUCAUGGUGGUACUUACCGCCAAGUCACACUAUAAUAUAGUUGUAAUUAUAAUGUCAAAUUAUUUUUUGCUUCAGGUAAAUUGUCUACUUAUUUAUAUUUUUAUUUUAAAACAUAA